CACAACGGCUUCAUCUUUUUUUUAUAUUUCCAAAUACUACUACAUCAUCGAAAAGCCCCGUCAUAUUUGUUUUAAAAGAUGAUGGUAAUACCUGUCAGUCAGCAUAAACUUAUCAAAAUCCGUCGAGUUAAUCGCGAUCGGCUCACCAAAUUUGCACUUAUUUGCUCUGCGAUGGCUUGUGGAUGUAAUACGCUUUGUUCUUCAACAAAUCAUUGGCUCUACACAUCAGAAGUGCUUCGAUACUUCAUAUUUCCAAAUCAGACUCUCAAUUUUGAUGACACUUCUACUGCAACGGCUCCGGUUUAUUAUAAGAAUGCCACAAUUGGACCGUGGCUUUUCUGUUGGGCAGAUCCAAUCACUCCGUUCCAUUGCUCAACCGUAUACUAUUUGACAGAUGAAGAGCCUAGUGACACUACAACUUCUGUGCAACAAUCUGUACGUCGUGCAUUUCUCUUCAUGUUGGCUGGAAUGAUUUUGGAUGGGUUUGGGCUCUUCAUGGCUAUUAUAUGCUAUUGUUUAAAGAAUCCGUAUGCAUCUUUACUGAUUUCUUCCUUGUUACAUAUCAAUUCAGGAAUUGCUAAUUUUUCCUGUAUAAUUGUCUACAUGUCUGCAGUUUCAAAAGAAGUAGGAAACAAAAUUCAUGCAGCCAGUGAAAUGGAUGAUCCGUUGUUUUAUAUGUCAUACGGUUUCUCGUUUUGGUGUUUGAAAGCAAGUUUCCUGUUUACCGAAUUAGCCGCACUGUUUUCAAUAGUUGUCUACAUGGCAAAAAGGGACGAACGGACAUUCAAUCGAUACAAAAUUCGGGCAACUUUCAACUUGCAAAAGAAACCAGACGACGACGAUCGGCAAUUGAGCAUAUUAACAGAAUCUUCUAACACAAGAUUCAAUCGUCGAACUGGAUCCCAUACAACUGCUGACUCGCCUCCUCCGGAACUAGACUCAAUGAUCAAAGCACCUAGUUCAGACAGAGCACUUCAAAAGUAUAAAACAGGAAUUCAAGGGUCAUUCUCAUUGUUAGCCGAAUCAUUUAAUCAUUUACCAGAGCAGAGUAGGUCAGGAAGUGAAAUAUCGUAUAAUGGACGGAGAUCAACUAUUCGUAAACCACCAAAACCUUCGAAAUCUCAACCAUUGAGACGAUUCGCAAUUCCUGUGUCACAAGGAUAUCCAUCGUUGAGCUGAAAAUAAUUUG